AGCAGAGGGGGAGGGUUCAGAAGGGAGCGCACUUCCGGUGCCCUUUCUGCCGCCAGUCCCACGGCCCCCGAUCCUCGUGUGCAGGGCGAGGUCCGUAAACUGGAGUGGGGUAGAAGCUGGCGGGCACCCCCUCCUGACCGCCGGUGCUGCCGCCUUCAGGAGGAUCAGACAUGGCCCAGAACUUAAAGGACUUAGCGGGACGCCUGCCCGCCGGGCCUCGGGGCAUGGGCACGGCGCUGAAGCUGCUGCUGGGGGCCGGGGCCGUGGCCUAUGGCGUCCGCGAGUCCGUGUUCACCGUGGAAGGUGGUCAUAGAGCCAUCUUCUUUAACCGGAUCGGCGGCGUGCAACAGGACACAAUCCUGGCCGAAGGACUUCACUUUAGGAUCCCCUGGUUCCAGUACCCCAUCAUCUAUGACAUUCGGGCCAGACCCCGAAAAAUCUCCUCCCCCACAGGUUCCAAAGACCUGCAGAUGGUGAACAUUUCCCUGCGGGUACUGUCUCGACCCAAUGCCCAGGAGCUCCCCAGCAUGUACCAGCGCUUAGGGCUAGACUAUGAGGAGCGAGUACUGCCGUCCAUUGUCAACGAGGUGCUCAAGAGCGUGGUGGCCAAGUUCAACGCCUCGCAGCUGAUCACCCAGCGGGCUCAGGUGUCCCUGCUGAUCCGGAGAGAGCUGACGGAGCGUGCCAAGGACUUCAGCCUCAUUCUGGACGAUGUGGCUAUCACCGAACUGAGCUUUAGCCGAGAGUACACAGCUGCUGUAGAAGCCAAACAAGUGGCCCAGCAAGAAGCCCAGCGGGCCCAGUUUUUGGUGGAAAAAGCCAAGCAGGAACAACGGCAGAAGAUCGUGCAGGCCGAGGGGGAGGCCGAGGCUGCCAAGAUGCUUGGAGAAGCACUGAGCAAAAAUCCCGGCUAUAUCAAGCUCCGGAAGAUCCGGGCCGCCCAGAACAUCUCUAAGACGAUCGCCACCUCACAGAACCGCAUCUAUCUGACGGCCGACAACCUCGUGCUGAAUCUCCAGGAUGAAAGCUUUACUCGGUAAGAGAUGCCACUGUG